AUGGAGGAAAAAGCAGAUAGUGAAAACAGUUACAGUGAUGAUAGUAGCAGUUCUUCCGAUAGUUCCAGCGGUAGUUCCGACUGCGAUGAGGAGGUCACUGAACCAGUACGAAUUCUUGGGCACACCCUAGAGCUGCCCCAGGAGUUAUGUGAGGACUAUUCCAUUUUUAAAGAGUUCUUUUCAAUGAAAACUUGGGAAAGUCUAGAGGAUAAACACAAGGAGUAUCUCAAAGAAUUCCUUCCAAAGUUCCCAGAAAAUGAUGAAGAAGAAAAAGAUACAACACUUAAAAUGUUAUUUAACUUCGAGCCAUUUCAUUUCAAGUCACCUUUGAAUAACUUUUUUAGUAAUCUCAGACAAGGUAAUUACAGGCCAGAUAUUGCUAGAAUGAGAAAGUUUUUGAUGAAAGCCAGAACUAAACAACAAAAACACAAGACCAAAUCUUAUUAUGCGAAAAUGUUGCCUGAAGUCUUGAUUGCUCGGGAGCGAUUGCUUGCUACGGCAAAAGGAGGUCCUCCUGGUGCAGUUCCAUUCCUUCCAUUGCUGCCACCGAAACCUUCAGCUAAAAACAGUUAUAAACCUUUAUAUGUGAGAGCUAGACAAAGGUAUUUUGAAGAGCUCGCUGCUAUAUGGAGUGAGGUUGGCGGAGAGGAAUCGGAAGAUGAUAAUUAUCCAGAAGGCCCAUCCGAAAAUACAUUUAAAAAGAGAAAAACAAUGCAAUCCAAUCAGAGUGGGGAUACAAAUGUAUCGGGAACACUCGGUAUAACAGAUCCUACACAUCCAGCCUCUUUGGAUUGCCUGAAAAACGUUCUCGCUACCCACAGAGCCAGACGACAGUUCAGAGAAAAUCAUCCGGAACUUAAUACAACCGGGAUUACGUUGAAUGACAUAAAGCAAAGGGUCGCUUUGAUGAAUGGUACAAAGAAACUUAUGUUUGGCGGUCAAAAGACAGAGACUCCCAUACAAAAACUAAAGAAAGGUGCUAAAAAGGAUUCAAAUAAACAGAAACAAGACGGCAAAGGUGCGAAGAAAAUUAAAGAAGAUAUUGAUAGUAUUGAAAAUAAACCUUUGUUGCCGAACAUUAAAAUUAAAUGUGAAAGGGAAGAAUCAGACUCUGAGAGUUCGUCAUUCUUAGAUCCAGUGACGAGUCCAAAACUUACUAAGAGACUGUCAGAAAAUGUGGAUAUUAAACAAGAGGUUCCAGAUAUGAGAUAUAACAAUGCAAAUUGUAAUGAUAGUGAUAUUGAAAGGACAAUAAAACAGGAGCCUCAAGAUAGUCUGCUCUCAAUGCAGAAUCAAUCGAGAGUUGUUCAACCAGUGCCUAUUAAAUUGGAGGAUUUGGAUGGAAUAGAUAUGAUGGCCUUACCGGUUGAGUUAGCAGAUGAUUCAGGCGAAGUCAUCCAAGAUACAUCAGGAGAAAAUGAUGAAAGCCUCCUAGAGGCAGAUGAGGCUUUGACGGAAAUAACUCAUGCUAACUUCCUGUCUCUGGUGCGUGCCUUAUUUCCGGCGAAGGCAGCCCAUAGAGCCUCAAAGCAACAAUUACACGCUAGAUGUGCGGCUGUCAUGAGAUCUCCUAUUGCUCCACUAAAUACUUGGUAUAAUUUGUCAGAUGACUGGUGUGCUGAAUUAGAUUCAGCAUUGGAUUUCCUUGCCGGAGAAAGGGGACCCCAUCCCGAAGAUUAUGUACCAUAUUUACAAUAUAUACCUGAAACAGAAAUGUAUCAAUGGAUCGGCGCGGGUCGUGACUGCGACGCUCUACUCGGCAGACUCUGUGAGAGGUGGAGGCGAGCCGAACCUCCGAGAGCACCGCCUGCACCACCGCCGAGGUACCCGAGUUCGUGGGUAGUUCGACAACCGACGACUAUGGAGAUAGCAGACUUCAGGUCACAAGAGCGAAGGAGAUUCGCUUCCGCGUCUAAACCAUUCACAUAUGUACAAUAUGAUUAUAGGUCCGUAGUGGGUCCUGCCACAGGACAACGCGCAGGAUCCGCCGGGUCCGCGCUACUAGCGCCCUCUAGGCCUCGCGCGGCCGCGUUUUUGCCCUUACUAAGGGACGCUCUAGCAAGAUUACCUAAUGGAGAGGGAUCGAGGAGAGAUAUUGUCAUACUACUCAGGAUGUCUCAAUGGAUCGUUCCUUGUAGUGAGCAAGCCUUAUCAAGCGCUGUUGCCACUGCACUUGAAAGACUGUUGGCUAUAAAAAGAGAUCCUAUAGUUAAAUACGACCAAAGAACAGCGUUAUGGACAUACCUACACAGACACAAGAGCGAGGAGGAUUGGAAUAAAAGUGUACGCAGUCGCGCCAGUAAGGCUAACGUUUCUUCACAUCAGGUCACUUCGCCACAAACACCUAUGGACCUCGACGUAGCUAGCAUUGAAGAGGUCGGUGAUAACGCAUCCGAUAGUGAUGUAGACGUAGAUGACACCUCGCCUAGCGCAAUGCCACAUUUAUCCUCCGCCCAGUUAUUAAUGCAAGCCACACAAGCCACAAAAAAACAUAUACAGAUAAACAAACCGAAAGGAAAACUAGUAGCGACACCGCAAAAACCUAAACCGGUUCCCAAGCAACCGAAAGUCCCAUCACUAGUUCAAAUGAAACCGGCUGUAAAACAGAUGACUGCAAAUUCGCCGAAAACAGUGCCAAAGAUGAUACAAGCUAAUACAAAAACUAGCCUAUUAACAAACAAACCAGCAGUAAAAACACAAGCUAAGCAGGUUAAUACUAAAGUAAAGCAGAGUUUGCCUUCGCCCAAACAGAGCGGCAAGCAAUCGAUCGUACAAACGGUCAAACAGAACGUACCGCCGUUAACGAAGCACAACAGUGAUACUAUGUUGACUCAAGUCAGCCUUCCGUCCAUAGUCGUAGCUCCACAGAGGUCGCCACUCAUGAAACAGAAAUCCGCGAUAGAAACUUCACAAGUACCGGUUUCUUUAAACAUUUCCGUACAACCUUCGUCGACCGCUAUCCAAAGCAACGUGGCGCCAUCUAUACAUCAGAAUAGUGUCAAUCAGUCGGCAAAGUUAGCUCAAGUAACUCGUUCGUUGUUAAUAAGACCGUCGUCGGUACAGACUUCAACAACUUCUGCAGUAGUUUGUACAUCAACAACACAGGUGACACAGAGCGCUAGACGUGGUAUUGUGAGAGUUUUAAGUCCAGCGACGCCUUCUUCAGGGAAAUCAUUAAUAUCACCAAGAGCACUCAUGCAUCAGAGUAUACCCACAACGAAAAAGCGACCAAUCAUACCCGGGACUACAUCUGUUACUACGAUAGCACAGAGCACAUCAAGUCCGACAAACGUCGUGUCUAGUAUACCUACAGCUGUAACGUCCUCAGUUACAACGAGAACUGUACAGUUGGCUGGCGGUCGAACAGUUCAGUUGGCUGCCAAUCAAACUGUACAUUUACCGAGCGGCCAAGCUGUACAAUUAACUUCAGGGCACACACUACAGCUUUCUUCUCUACAGUUACCAACACAUAGCGUCAGACUGCCAAGCGGACAAACUGUUCAAUUGGCAUCACCACAAGUAAGAGCUGUAUCUACAACACAAGUGAAGAACCCAAGUCCGAAAGCACAGACUUCAUCACCGAAUAUCAAAGCUAUGAACCAAUCAGUACAAAUUCCAGUAUCAACGGUGCAAUUAGGUCAGACUGUCCAAAUAGGUGGUCAGACUGUCCAAUUGGCGGGACAGAGUGUACAGUUGACUGGACAUACAGUCAAAUUACCGAGCGGCCAAAGUGUACAAGUUGCCAGUCAGAAUGUGCAAUUACCUAGCGGUCAGACUGUACAGUUGGCGAGUGGUAUGCAGACUGUACAGUUAGGUCAAAACGUUCAGUUAAGUGGACAGACAGUGCAAAUGCCUAGUCAGAGUGUUCAGUUGGGAUCUCAGACUGUACAGAUCGGAGGUCAGACUGUUCAGUUGGGCGGCGGUCAGACUGUACAGUUGCCGAGUGGCCAAACUCUACAGUUGUCUAGUGGCCAGACUGUACAGUUGUCCAGUGGUCAGACUGUACAGUUAUCUAGUGGCCAGACGUUACAGUUGGCGAGUGGUCAGACGUUACAGCUCGCUAAUCAACAGACACCGAAAUCCAUAGCGCAAGUGGUUAGAACUCAGCCGACUGGUGAUAAAACAUCUCAACCAAUUGUUGCCAAGUUGCUAACUAAUGCUCAGACUCAGAUGAUCUCACUGGAAGGUGUUGUGGGUUCUCGCGGUAGAGGGCGCGGCGGUCGCGGCGUGCGUGUCCUAGCGCCUGCGUCCAGGCUAGCGAGACCCCUAUUAUUGACAUCAGCUAAACCUCUCCAUAAUAUUAUAUUACAGCAAUCGGACGGCACCAUACGAGUGACGUCAUCGGGAGGGACUUCAACAUCACAAACAAUAGUUUUAAGUAACAUAGGUUCUCAAACAGUUACAACACCUACAACCACAGCGCCGGUGUUGAAACUGCAACAGGUGAAUCCGAUACAUCAGGUUAAACUUCCACAGGGAAUUAAAAUUCAACAGGCUGUGACAACGACUACAGCGACAUCUAGCGGUGUAAGGAGUGUACUAAUGGACGGUCAGCAACUGAAAUUAGUUGGAGGAAGACAUGUACUCGCCCGCCUAUUAAAACAACCGCCCCCAUAA